AUGUCUUCCCCAACCGUCUAUGUUUCGGAAAACGAAGAUGACAGUCAAGGAAUCCCUGUUCCCAGAGGGGAUGAAGUCUUCAUCCAAAGGGGAGACAAAUUUAGUCCGCAUUUCAAGUCUCAGUCGACCUCCGCUUCCCUUGGCGCUCUUCGCCGCCUUUGUAACAUCCCCCAGGAAAUUGAAUUCUCUCUUCCUAGACCCAACGAGUCUCCGGAAGUGGUGCGUGAGGGUUACUGUUGUGCGUACGAAGUCUAUUUCAAAGGUUGUGGUUUGUUUUUUCCCGUACCGGAAGUUCUUCUUUUAUACCUCCUCCACCUAGGGAUUGCCUUUCCCCAAAUGGCCCCCAACUUUCUUCGAUACGUUCUGAGUACCCUGACUGUUUCGGUAGAAGCAGGGUUUUCCCUCUCCACCAGCAAACUCUUAGGGCUAUUUCGAGCCCGUGAAUCCGCAGCAGCGGGGAACCAAACGAUCCCCGGCCCAACCGUUGAUUUCUUGUCCUUCUUUCGAAUCGUUUCCGAGGGUGAAACAAAUUGGAAUUCCUUCACCCUUCAACGCAUUCAUAAAGCGGGGCUCACCAUUAAAGACGGUCAGACUCACCCCCUCGAUCCUCCUCCCGAGGAGAAAGACGUCUCGAGCCUGAAUGCUCGAGAUAAAAGAAAGAUGCAGGCUGAAAUCAAGGCUCUUAAGGAUCAGCUAUCCGAAAUCGGGAGAAAGAAACGGAUAGCUGCAAUCUCCAGGGUUGGGAACUUCCACAGGAAGACCCUCUUGGUUGAUGACGGUUCAUUAGAAGCAGCCCUGUCAGCCGCGGUGGAUACUCAUGGAGGCGAGAUCCUUAACAACCCUCCAGUUGCCACCGCAAUUUGCCCUUCCGAACCAGGGUGUGAUGGAGAAAUAACCUCCUCUCCUUGUACAAAGAGGAAUGCUCCAGAUUCCGAUAAUCUAUCAAACGAGAGACUUAAAACCAUGAGAUUAAGUUCUCCCCCACGAGUCUCUAGCCCUCUACGUUCUGUUUCUCCCUCUUCAGAACCUUUAAACUCCGAGCUCCCUCUUCCGGGAGACAGAGUAAUUUCAGAGGAAAUAGAUGAGCCAAGAUUGGAGGCUCCCCUAUCUCAAGGACUGAGUGUUAGGACUCAAAAUCCUUUACCCGCUUCGAUUUCAGGCGGAGAAGAGAAUGGAGACAUCUUCCGAAGUUUCCAAACCAGGGAAGGGGCGUCCCUUCCUCCUUCUUCGGUUUGGAGGCCGAAAAUCCGUCAGAUGUUCGCCAAUCGAGCUUGCUACCUAUCCCAGGCGUUUAUGGAGACUAAUGGAAUGAUCUUCCAUUAUGAGAACCUUCUUCAUCAAGCGAAGAGAGAGACCGCAAAGGCUAAGAAGGAGGUUGAUGAUCUCAGAUUAGCCAACCAAUCCGAGCGACUUGAGCGGGAAAAAGCACUCGAGUCAUCUUUUGAAAAUAUGAAGAAAACUCUAGCAGCUAACGAGCAACGCAUCAGAAUUGCGAAUCCUGAAAGCGAUUCUGCGAGGUCUAAUGCUCUUCGCUUGGAGGCUGAGCUAGAGGAGAAUAGGUUUGGACACGAUUCUAGGUUUGCAAGUCCUAGCCCGCCAAAGAGGUUUUAUGAAUUGUGA